UAACAUCAGACAUGAUCAUGUGACAGAUUCCUUUGGUGAGUUGUUCAUUGCUCACAGUUAUGGCGGUGUUAGGGAGUCGAAAGGAUGGAGUACAGUCUUGAUUUUUGCUUUUCUCGUUGACUCAGGAACUUGUCACCACUUUUAAUUUCUUAACAUUCUACGUUUUAUUCCUGCAACGAUGGCGGACCGAGGCGUGGAUAUGUUGGCACUACCGAAAGAGGUCAAGGACCAAUUGGCGGAGUUGGAUUUGGAACUGUCCGAAGGUGAUAUCACACAGAAGGGAUAUGAGAAGAAAAGGACUAAACUUCUGCUUCCCUUCUUUAUUCAUACACCAGUGGAAGCCCCCCCCCCUGCCUAUGAUGCCCAGGCUCCUGGUCCUAGCAACGCCUCUGGCUCCACCCAUGCCAAUGCUCACACCCAGGCUCCUCCCCCCAGCUCCUCUUCCCGCUACCGUGAUCGUCGCUCUCGGCGACCGCACCGCAGCGGAGGGACCAGGGAUGACCGCUACCGAUCAGAUAUCCACACAGAGGCGGUGCAGGCUGCGUUGGCCAAACACAAGGAGGAGAAGAUGGCACUACCCAUGCCCACCAAACGCCGCUCCACCUACGUUCAGUCGCCCAUCAACAACUGCACCCCACCAGGUAGCGUAGGACUGACUCCUUCAAAUCAGCCUGACUGCUUCUAUUUCCUCAGGAACAGCCUACACUCGUCUUCAAGUUCAGAGGAUGAGGGUGCUGUGUUGAGACAGUCGUCAGUGGGUGCUGGUUUGGGGGCUCCUGCCCCUUCCUCUCUGCUGCAGCCCCCCAGUCUGCAGAGCCCUGACUCCUGGAUCAACCGCUCUGUCCAGGGCUCCUCCACAUCCUCUUCCGCUUCUUCCGCCUCCUCCACCCUGUCCCAUGGAGAGAGCAAGCCCCAGCCCCAGCCUCAACCAUCCCAGCCCCAGACCCAAGCACAGCCCCAGUACAAGCCCCAGUACAAGCCCCAGUACCAGCCCCAGUACCAGCCCCAGUACCAGCCACAACUACAACCACAGUCACAGCCACAGCAUCCAGCCAUAGCUGACAUGCUGGCUCAAGCACGCAUCGGCCUUUCAGAGAACAGCGGACCCCCCCCAGACGUGUUGGCGGCAGCCCCCCAGGCCAGGGGCUCUUCUCAGGUGGACCGGCCCAACAACCCUCCUGUGGUCCGGGGGAUGAGCCGCGGACAGAGUCGCUCCAGCAUGAUGGAGACAGCCGACGGUAACAGAAGAGGUGUCCCGGUGAACAGCAGGGUGUCCACUAAGAUCCAGCAGCUGCUCAAUACCUUGAAGAGGCCCAAGAGGCCCCCCCUCAGUGAGUUCUUCGUGGAUGACCAGGAGGAGAUCGUAGAGGUGCCCCAGCCGGACCCCAACACACCACGACCAGAGGGCCGUCAGAUCAUCCCAGUGAAGGGGGAGCCCCUGGGGGUGGUCAGUAACUGGCCUCCAGCCCUCCAGGCUGCCCUGGCUCGAUGGGGGGCCACACAGGGCAAGAGCCCCGCCCUCACCGCCCUGGACAUCACUGGCAAAUCCCUGUACACACUGACCUACGGGAAGCUGUGGAGCCGCAGUGUGAAGCUGGCCUACACCCUCCUCAACAAACUGGGACCCAAGAACGAGCAGGUCCUCAAGCCUGCGGACAGGGUGGCUCUAGUGUACCCAAACAGUGACCCUGGGAUGUUCUGGGUGGCCUUCUAUGGCUGCCUGCUGGCUGAGGUCAUCCCUGUCCCUAUAGAGGUACCUUUGUCUCGCAAGGAUGCAGGCAGUAGUCAGGUGGGCUUCCUGCUUGGCAGUUGUGGUGUAACUCUGGCUCUGACCAGUGAGAUCUGUCUGAAGGGACUCCCCAAGACGCCCACCGGAGAGAUACUACAGUUCAAAGGCUGGCCUCAGCUAAAGUGGGUGGUGACAGACUCCAAGUACCUCACCAAACCUGGCAAGGACUGGCAGCCCCACAUCCCUACAGCUAACACUGACCCUGCAUACAUAGAGUACAAGGCAAGUAAAGAGGGCACAGUGAUGGGUGUGGCUGUGUCUAAGGUGGCCAUGUUGACCCAUUGCCAAGCACUGACCCAGGCCUGCAACUACUGUGAGGGUGAGACAUUAGUGAACGUUCUGGACUUUAAAAAGGACAUGGGCCUGUGGCAUGGAGUUCUCACGAGUGUAAUGAACAGGAUCCACACUAUCAGUGUGCCCUAUGCUGUGAUGAAGGCUUGCCCUCUCUCCUGGGUUCAGAGGGUCCACAUACAUAAAGCGCGCGUUGCCUUGGUGAAGUGUCGUGACCUGCAUUGGGCCAUGAUGGCACACAGGGAACAGAGGGACACCAGCCUGGCAUCACUGCGCAUGCUCAUCGUUGCUGACGGAGCCAAUCCCUGGUCGGUGUCGUCCUGCGAUGCCUUCCUCAACGUGUUCCAGAUCCACGGGCUGAAGCCAGAGGUCAUCUGUCCCUGUGCCACCUCCCCUGAGGCCAUGACGGUGGCCAUCCGCAGACCGGGGGUGCCGGGGACGCCCCUCCCAGCCAGGGCCAUCCUCUCCAUGGGGGGUCUGAGUCACGGUGUCAUCAGGGUCAACACGGAGGACAAAAACUCUGCCCUCACCGUGCAGGAUGUGGGUCAUGUGAUGCCUGGAGCUCUGAUGUGUAUAGUGAAGCCUGAAGGGCCUCCUCAGCUCUGUAAGACAGAUGAGAUAGGGGAGAUCGUGGUGAACUCUCGUGCAGGAGGUAACAUGUACUAUGGCCUACCAGGAGUCACAAAGAACACCUUUGAGGUGAUUCCUGUCAAUGCUCUUGGUGCUCCUAUUGGAGAGAUCCCUUUUGUGAGAUCUGGACUCCUAGGCUUCGUAGGACCCGGCAGUCUGAUAUUUGUGGUGGGGAAGAACGAAGGCCUGCUGAUGGUGAGUGGGAGGAGACACAACGCUGAUGACUUGGUGGCCACAGCACUGGCCGUGGAGCCUGUCAAGACUGUGUAUCGUGGGAGGAUUGCGGUGUUCUCUGUGACAGUGUUCUAUGAUGAGAGGAUAGUGGUUGUGGCAGAGCAGAGGCCAGAUGCCAGUGAGGAGGACAGCUUCCAGUGGAUGAGCCGAGUACUGCAGGCCAUUGACAGUAUUCACCAGGUGGGUUUGUACUGCCUAGCCCUGGUGCCUGCCAACACAUUACCCAAGACCCACCUGGGAGGGAUCCACAUCUUCGAGACCAAGCAGCACUUCCUGGACGGCAACCUGCACCCCUGUAACAUCCUCAUGUGCCCCCAUACCUGUGUCACCAACCUCCCCAAACCACGGCAGAAACAGCCAGUGGGUGUGGGUCCAGCCUCCAUCAUGGUGGGGAACCUGGUAGCAGGGAAGAGGAUAGCCCAGGCAGCAGGCAGGGAUCUGGGCAUGAUCGAGGACCAGGACCUAAUCAGGAAGCUCCGUAUGUGGCCUACUAUGAUGCACCAGUUCCUGUCCGAGGCUCUACAGUGGAGGGCACAGACUGACCCAGACCACUGUCUCUAUGUGCUGCUCAAUGCAAAGGGGGUAGCGGUAUCCACAGCAACAUGUGUGCAGCUACAUAAGCGGGCGGAGAAGAUUGCAGCGGCGCUCACAGAGAAAGGCAGCAUCAACACCGGGGACAAUGUGGUGCUGCUCUACCCUCCUGGUAUUGACCUGAUAACCUCCUUCUAUGGCUGUCUGUAUGCUGGCUGUGUUCCUGUCACUGUCAGACCUCCUCAUCCACAGAACCUGGCAGCCACACUUCCCACUGUCCGCAUGAUCAUCGACGUCAGUAAAGCUGCCUGUAUCCUUACCACUCAGAACCUCAUGAGGAUCCUGCGCUCUAAAGAGGCUGCUGCCACUCUGAACAUUAAAACAUGGCCGACAAUCAUAGACACAGAUGACCUCCCUCGCCAUAGACCCCCCACGAUCUACAAGCCCCCCACGGCAGAGAUGAUCGCCUAUCUGGACUUCAGUGUGUCCACCACGGGUAUGCUCACUGGGGUCAAGAUCUCCCAUGCUGCGGUCAGUGCUCUGUGUCGCUCCAUCAAGCUACAGUGUGAGCUCUACUCCUCACGCCAAAUAGCCAUCUGCCUGGACCCUUACUGUGGCUUGGGCUUCGUACUGUGGUGCCUCGCAAGUGUGUACUCGGGCCACCAGUCCAUCCUAAUCCCUCCUAUGGAGUUGGAGAGCUGUCUGCCCCUGUGGCUGAGCACCCUGAGCCAGUACCGCAUCAGAGACACCUUCUGCUCCUACUCUGUCAUGGAGCUCUGCACCAAGGGGAUAGGCACGCAGACAGAGAUACUCAAAGCGCGGGGUCUGAACCUGUCAUGUGUGAGGAGCUGUGUGGUGAUAGCAGAGGAGCGUCCUCGUCUGGCCCUCACCAUGUCAUUCUCCAAGCUGUUUAAGGACCUGGGCCUCUCCCCCCGCGCUGUCAGCACAGCCUUUGGAUCCAGGGUCAACCUGGCCAUUUGCAUGCAGGGAACCACUGGACCGGACCCCUCCACUGUGUAUGUGGACAUGAAGUCCCUCCGUCAUGACAGGGUGAGGCUGGUGGAGAGAGGAGCCCCUCAGAGUCUCCCUUUGAUGGAGUCUGGAAAAAUCUUACCAGGAGUCAGGGUGAUCAUUGUGAACCCAGAGACCAGAGGACCUCUAGGAGAUUCCCAUCUAGGAGAGAUCUGGAUCAACAGCCCUCACAGUGCCAGUGGCUACUAUACCAUCUAUGGAGAGGAGAGCCUGCAGGCCGACCACUUUAACACCAAGUUGAGCUUUGGAGACCCCACGACCCUGUGGGCCAGGACUGGCAACCUGGGCUUCGUCAAGAGGACUGAACUACUGGAUGCCGCUGGGCAUCGUCAUGACGCCCUGUUUGUGGUGGGUUCCCUGGAUGAGACUCUGGAGCUUAGGGGACUGCGCUACCACCCCAUCGACAUCGAGACAUCUGUGUCCCGGGCUCACCGCAGCAUCGCAGAGAGUGCGGUGUUCACGUGGACCAACCUACUGGUGGUGGUGGCUGAGCUGUGUGGCUCAGAGCAGGAUGCCCUGGACCUGGUGCCCCUGGUCACCAAUGUGGUGCUGGAGGAGCACCAUCUUAUCGUGGGCGUGGUGGUCAUCGUGGACCCGGGGGUCAUACCCAUCAACUCCAGGGGAGAGAAACAGCGCAUGCACCUCCGGGACUCCUUCCUGGCUGACCAACUGGACCCCAUCUACGUGGCAUAUAAUAUGUGAGGGGCCAGGCGGAUGGGCUGGGCAAGUCAUCGUAUGGUGGAAAAAAUUACGGCUGUUGGAGUGGGGGUUAGGAAGAAAGUAGUUUGGACCAACCUGCUCCAUAGACAGAAAAUGCAUGGUACCACAAUGGGCAGUAGGAGGGGGUUGGCUGCACUUUAUCGCACUGUAUUGACACAGCCCUUUUUGGGGUGCAUGUGGUUCAAAUCUUAGGUCUUUUGCAUUCCACGUCUGUUGGAUUUCAAGGGGCACUGUUGUGUUUUGAGAUGUACACUGUAUAAAAUGGUGUAUAUAUACAAUACCAGUCAAAGGUUUGGACACACCUACUCAUUCCAGGGUUUUUCUUUAUUUUUUACUAUUUUCUACAUUGUAGAAUAAUAGUGAAGACAUCAAAACUAUGAAAUA